AUGAACUGGGUGGGCGAGCGGCGGCCGUCGGAAGGUGCUCUCGACGAGAGCGGAGAGUGGUACGAGGAAGCUGAGCUGGUGCCGCAGCAGUCGCAGCUGCAGCCGCCGCAGCCUGCCGCGGGGGCCGAGCGUCGCAACAGAUCGCCCUACUACUACGCCGACCUCUUCCGGGAGCGCGACGAACCAGAGCCGCCGCCCCCGCCGCUGCCAGCGCCCUCUCUGCGCCGCCAGCAACAGGGGUACCGGAAGUGCGUGAGCCUCGACGCAGCCGCGCCUUCGUGCCCCGCCAGCCAGCAGCGGCCGAGCGGUGCGGCAGGGGCGCGCGCCUACCGCAAGAGCGCCAGCCUCGACGCCACGCCGCUGGCGGCGCUGCUGCUAGAGGCGCCCCCCUCCACACACCAGCAGCAGCAGCCAGCCCCACAGCCCGGGGGACAUGCGCCCAUGCCGCCCCAGCACCGACGAGUCGCUGCCUACCAGCAGGUGGCGUCGUGUUCCUGCGCGGGCGGAAGUGCGACGGAAGAGCCCGGGCAGCCGCAGCCACAGCAGGCCACGCCUCCGCUAGGCGACGACGCACGCUUCAGCGACAGCGACGCGGACCUCGACGACGAGUACCUGGACAUGAGCGGGCAGCCGCGCGCGCGCCGGCACAUCUACGAGACGGCGUUCGACUGCCGCGUCGACCGCGCAGCCGCCACCGACGACACCGAGGACAUCGACCGCCUCUCCAACCACCCUGCACUGCACGGUUUCUCCAAGCCCAGCGCCACGCCAGCGGCCGCCGCCCCCGGAGUGGUUUCGCUGGCGCCGCGCGCCGGGCCCUCUGACGACCCGUCCGGCCUGGGCAUCUUCACACCCAAGGACCUCCGGCGGCGCGUGCACCAGCGCCGCGUCACGCUCGUCGACGAUACCAGCCUGUCGCGGGACCUCGACUCGCUCGACCUGGACGAGGACGACGAAGACGAGUCUCGCCCGGCGACUGCGGCCGCGGGCGCCGCUGCGGGGGCGGUGGGGGCGGCGCCGUCCCCGCCGUCUACGGCGCCGCUGCCCGCCAAGUUCAGCAAGCCUCCGGGGGCGGGCGCGGGGGCGGCUUCCGGCGCUCGCAGCGCGCCCUGCCUGCCCGCCUCCGCUCCCGAGUCCGGAACCACCGCAGGCCGCCUGAAGGACGCGCGGCUGCCCGUCAAGUCGCUGCGAGCCAGGGAGGGCCGGCCGGCGGCGGGCAGCAAGUUCUCCAGCACGGAGAGUAUGGCGACCAGCAGCAGCGGCGGCAGCCUCGAGUCCAUCCGCUCCAGCACCAGCGAGGGCAACCGCUCCACCAGCAGCUCCGACAGCCGGCGCAGCACCUCGCUCAGCUCGCAUAGCUCAGACUCCAGCGGCGCCGACAGCGGCCUGAGCGGCGGCGUGGGCGGCGGCAUGGGUCGCUUCAGCAACAAACUGCACAUCCUGUCGCCCAUUUCCGACAAGUCGUCGCAGGAGCCCGCCUCCUCCACCGAGACGUCGGACAAUAACCGCAACAACAACAGCACGCGCGCCUCGCCAGAGGACCAGGGUGGAAUUACCCCCACCAACGAGACCAACACCAACACCAACACCAACACCAACAACAUACCUUCACCGAGGAGGCGGUUCGCGAAGCGGCAGCGGGCGCCGCAGAACCGCAACCUGAUCAACCUGAUGGGGCUCCACCAGUCGUCGGGCGAGGCCGAGGUCCAGGGCUCCGACAGCGGCAUCUCCAUAGAGUCGCGCACCGGCCACCAGCACCCGGGCGACUUCUCGGAGCUACCGUUCGACAUGCCCAAGUUGCGGCGGCGGCAGCGCCAACUUCAGCUGCAACAGCAGCAGCUCAGCGACGCCUCCUCCGUGGACCUCGCUGACCUGCCCUUCGACAUGCCCAAGCUGCGGCGGCGCAUGCGCAACUCGCUCGGCGCCGGGCUGGCGCUAUCGUCGGCCGACGCGGGUAGCACCGAGUCCAGCGCGUCUUCGAGUCAGGGCGGCCGAAGGGACAGCCAAGGUGUGAGCGCGCGGCCCGGCCUCAGCCUGAACUUGGGCGGCGGCGACGCGUCGUCGUCCGCGUCGCCUCUUCGACGGCCAGCGCUGUCGCUCGACCUGCCGGCGGGAGUCGCGGCGCAGCCAGGCUCCAUCGACGUCUCCUUGCCGCUCGAGAGGCAGGGGUGGUACCAUGGUGCCUUGUCCAGAGUGGAGGCUGAGAAUGUCCUCAGAGUCCUCCGUGAGGGCUCAUACUUGGUGCGCAACAGCGAGUCAGCCAGACACGACUAUUCACUGUCACUGAAGGGUGCCCGUGGAUUUAUGCACAUGCGUAUCCAGCAAAACAAAGAAUCAGGCAAAUUCAUCCUCGGUCAGUUCAGCAAACCAUUUGACAAUAUUCCUGAGAUGAUUCAGCACUACACAGUCAACCAAUUACCAAUCAGAGGAGCAGAGCAUAUGUGCUUACUGCAUCCAGUGAUAGAACAAUUGCUCUAGCUACUCUCCAGUCCGCCGUGGAUCAUACUGCGGCAGGACUUGUGACUUCAUCGGAUGCUGCUAUUGCUGUGUAUGAAGAAAGUGGGUAUCAUUCAGAACACUGAAUGUCUUACCUACUAACUCAUAAACUGAAGGUGUAAAUCAGUUACCUUGACCUGAGGGAAAAGUCAUCUUUCAACUGCUGCUGUAUGGUCAUGUUGAAUUAAUUCUGGAACCAUUAUUUCAAAAAGGCUGACAGAAAUUCUGGAAGAAAAUGGUCAGAUUUUUUUGCUUUUUACCCAGAUGAGAUACCUUCAAGCAACAGACAAAAGAGAAAAGUCUGGAUAUGUCAUUACAUGAACAGUGCAGUGAUUAUAAUUUUGACACUAAUAAUGUUUUAUAACUUGUAUAGCUUUUUAGUAGAUUUAAACCCAUUGUGCAAUGCCUGUAAAAUAGGAGUCCAUGUAGAUAGUUUUCAUGUGGAACAUUCCAAGCCAAAGAGUAGCUGUGAAGAAUUUUAUUAUACAUACAGAUAUCUAUCGACACAGAACAUAAAACAGUAGUUGCUGAACUAUAUUUCUUAGCUAGAAUAGGAUGUUUAUAUUUGUUGUUGCUGUGAUCUCAUUUUCUGUAUGUAUGAGGAGAAACAGUGUUUAUUUUGAAGAUGGGAAGAUUAUAUUUCAAUUGUAGUACUAUUAAGGCAGUUACGAGAGCCAUGUAACCGAGAAAUAUGGCAGAUGCAUCUUGAUUCUUACGUUGAAGAUACUAGAAUAAUCCUAUUGGCAAAUUCUGUCUUUCAUAUUAUGUUAACAAAUAUUUUUUGUGUAUCUGAAACUGGUAGUAUUCUUGUCUGUUGUCAACAUCAGCCAUUGGAUGUGUGACAAAAAACUGUUCUUACCCCGUUCUGAUGAGCUUUGUCUUAUUUCCUGCUUCACUCUAUAUAUUUUUGUGUUAUGAGAAUGUCUUCUCUUAGUAAAUUUCCUUACUUUUAGUAUAUUUAAUACCUACAUUUAUUUGAAAAUUCAAAAACUCUUACUUCCUUCUGUAACACAAAAAAAAUUAAUUUUCCCUUUCUUUUCCUUGCAUCCUUUCAGUUUUCAUGCUAGAAAUUCUAUAAAAUAAAUGAGUUACAUGCUUUAAUUCAUUGAGAGCCCCAUUUUAUUACAGUGUAUGCCCUUCAAAGUAUGCUCAGUUCACAGCCAUCCGUCCACCAGUCUGUCUUACCGUCCUUUUGUUAAUGCAGACAACUGCAAGCUACCAGUGACAGCGAAGUAGUUUGUGACAUUUCCAGUGGCCCUGUAAUGUAAUUGCGAACAGGUCACCUGCCACUUUUACUUCCUCCUACAAUGUAAUAAUAUAUCUGUAAACUAGGCUACCUAUUUAAUGAAGUGGGCAAAAGUUUUUAUUAAAUUCAUUCUACUUUUGUAUACAUACUUGGUACCAAAAGUCCAUAAUGUCAAUGAGACUGAAUGAAAUUUAGAGCUUCCCCCUCCAAACUUUCACCUCUCAGAUUGGGAGACAUGUAUGUAGAACUUUUUAUAAAAACUGUGAAAAAUUCUGAUUGUUUUUGUUGACUGUUGAACAGCUUCACGUUUGGCAGCAAAAGAAAAAUUGAUUAUAAAAAUGUCAAUAAUUUAAAUUACUCAUAUUACUGUAUUAUUUUGAAAUCAAAGUAUUACGCUGAUACUGAUUAUUUUGUGUAGCAUCUGUUGCAUAUGUCUGUGUCUAAUACCUACUGUAAACUUUGUCAGUGCAUAAUGCAUAGUUUUGUAUACGUUUCACUUGCCAGCCAAAGUACAAACUGAACUAUAACUGCAACCUGUGGUAACAAGCCCAAUAUGAGUAACUGCACAGACAUGCAAACUGUAAAGCUGAGUCUCAUAUUGUAAAUGUAGUUACUGUAGGACCAAAACUAUAGGGCUUCCAUUCAAAACAACUGCUUCUGUUAAUAAUUUGUGUAUUUGAUUAAGCUGUCAACAUUGUUCAGUGCAUCUCACAGAAAGAUCUACAUACUAUACAUGAAAAAUUGUUGCAAAAAUCUGUGAAAAUAAAAAUGCUUGUUACCUAUUCUUGUGGAAAAAGUUGCAUUUCACACAGAGAAUCAGAAAAUCUAGAAGACAGAUCUCUGUCAGCUGAAUGAAAAUCAGGCUUACUUUUACCAUCACAAUGAAACACAAAAAGAAAGUGUAGAGACAUAAGUUAGCUAUUAGGUAAGUUAUUGUUAGUUUGUUAGAAGAGAACAUCAUUCUCAGAGUUACCUCAACUACAAGUUCUCCAUACUGAAGAGGAGUCAGAAAUAACUGAAUGAAAGUGCAAUAUUAGUUUCUUUGUUGAUAGACAUUUAUAUUUGUAUUGAAUGUUGUGUGAAGGAAAAUAACUAAUACAAAAUGAAUACAGUUUAGAAUAUUACACAAGUUACCAUUCAUAAGACUUAGUAAUAACUAACUAAAUAAAUGACUUGUUAGAAAGAACAUUAUGACUGAAAAUGUCAUGCCAUGAUUUAAGUGAAUAAAAUGAGUCUGAUAACGUUUGAGGAAUCAAGACACCUUCUCUGGGUUGAUGUCACAUUUUCACAAUGUAGUAGGAUAAUAGGCCACUGAUGAUAUGACUGCCUAAAAGGAGUCACAAGAAGUAGUUCCUACAGCAUUUUAGCUUUUCAUGCCACAUGUAUCACACAUUUCAUAUCUUAAAAUAUAACAAAUAAAGCUUGUUGAACCCCAUUGUUCUCUAUAAAUAAGCUUUUUGGGCGAAAACAUUCAGCACUCCAUAUUAAAUUAAUACAAAUUUUGGACAAUAUGCAUACAGAAUAUUCCUGUCUCAGAAGGAAGCUUUCUUUGUGCCGCAUUUUUUGAAAACCUUGACAACUUAGUUAUUUCUAUUCCAGGUGCACUGCUCUAAUUAAAUUCUCAAAAUGUGCAGCAAAAUCAGAAUGGAAGAGCAGUAUAAAAUUAAAGGCAACAAUCAUGCAGCAAAUUAUAUAUCAAAAAUAAUUUUAAGAUAAUUCUUACAAUUAUUCAGCUGUAUUAAUAUGACAAAUGAUGAGUACUGAAUUGAAUUGACUAGAUAAAUACACGAAUAAUAAGUUCUGACUGUGUUUUUGGCAUAAAGUCUUCCUAUCUUUUUCUCACCAUGAAUUUCCGUUGAAUGUGCACAGAUAUGAUUUCAAACAAUUACUUGUGUAAUGUAGCUUUUACAUUAUAUAUAAUAUAUGUUAUUUGCUGCAACAUAGUGUCAAAAUUGAAUACUUCGCACCCACGGCUGACAUACAAAUGAUAAUGUGGACAUGUAUGUGAGAGACAGAAAUCUUCUAAAAAGAGUGUAAGCCAUUUACAUGUGUUAUUUUACUGGGAGAUACAGGAGGACCAAAGUUCUUUACAUCAUAUUAAUUGAGAAGAGACUGGCUGGGACAACAGCCUAUAUUUUUCCACCUUUGCAUAUUAAUAUUUUCUUUCAAUUGAAACAGUAAUCUGAUUAACAGAAAGACAGCAUCAUUAUCUAACUUGCUUCCACCACCACAUACUUUCCUCCAUUUAUUUAAGAAAAGAAAGAUUAGAAGAAAGCCCCAUUUAUCAUACAUUGAUACAAUUUUGAUUUAAAUGCAUAUUCAGUGAUAUUACUAGAUAUUUCUCAGUUGGAAUGUGAGAGACAAGUGAGUAUUCCAUCAUAUUCUAUCAAAUGCUGUGCAUCAUACAACAUAGCUUCACCCCAGAUGCAUCAAUUUUCUGUUGUUUUUCUUGUCCUUUACCCCUGUUUUCCUCUUGGCUGGUUUUCACGUAAGCCAGAAUUGUUAUAAAUAGGAUAGUAACUUCUAUUUGACAAGAAUGCUUAACUAAAAUGAUUUGAUGAUGUGAUGAUGAUACUGUUAUUCACCAGGAUCAGUAAUAAAAUUAACAAAUAUUUAACACAUGACAAUUGGUAUAGAAUCUGAAUAAUGCUGCAUGUGAUUAGAAGUGUCACUCAAUAACAAAAAUUCAAUUUAUCAUUGCAGACAUCAACACACUUAAUCUCUUUACUUCAUUCCAUUGUAGUGCUGAUUUCAGACAAAUUUCAUCACACUUUCCUAAAUAAACUUAAUAGUACCUCUACUUUAUUUUGAUGGCUUAUAAAUAACAUGGUGUGUAAAUUCUUACAAAGUGAUAACAACCGUAUACUCCAUUUAUUGAGAAAUGGAACACAGAAAAUUUACUUCGUAUCUCCAAAGAAACAGUGACUCACACAAAUGUUACUGCAUUGUGGAAAAAGGCUAAGCUUAUUGUGCAUGUGAGCAUAAGGCUGUCAAAUUCAAGGGGGUUUUCUUUCAUGCAUAAAUUUAAUGUUUCAGAUAAGAAAAAUGUUAACUUACAAACAUCUACCCUCAGCAGCUGUAAGGAGACUAGCUUACUCAAACUAACUUCAGUAGCAAUGAUCAGAUUCAUUUGUGUGUCUGCUUUUCAGAUCCACGCCAGAGAAAGACUAAUCUUGGUGUACUAAACCAACUAGGAUUUUAAAUGGUGAAUCUGUAGAUUUCUUGAACAGAGCUCUUUCUGUCUGUCAUUGUUAUUAGGAAUCUGAAAAUAGGAUACCAAUACUGUAAUGAGUUGUCUCCAAAAAUAUUAGUGUGUGUCUGAUAAAUAAUUGCAGUCAUUUUUCAAUCAUUAAAAAAAUUGACCUGCAGCAUCUUUGAAACUAUUAUGCAACUUGAUACAAACAAAAAUGGAAACUAAUGUCCAGUUUAAAACUGUGUGCUACAUUUUGUGUGACUAAUAAACUUGAAAUUCAAAACAAUUCAAAAUUAAAUUAUUUACCACUGUAUUUUUAUUAUCUUAUGUUCUCAAAAUUACAUUAGCACAAUCAGAUAAAUUUAUGAUGAUGAGCUAAAUAAUACUACCUGCUGAUACAUUUUUAACAUUAGAUGUGCAUAACUGGUGCUGUUUCAUUGUGUCUAAGUGUAUUUUUUAAAUACUACAAUGAUAUUUAUGUUCUUCCUGAUCUUGAGUGCCAAAUAUUUCCAAGAAAUUUUUUGAAAUAGUAUGCUUUGAAGAAAUUUAAAUACAUGUGACAGAUAUACUGCAUAUGUUGAACACGAAUUACUGUUCUUCAGUUUUGAGGUUCAUGUUUACAUUAUUUUAUAUAUGUGAAUCUUUACUACAGUAGUCAAAUAGUAGCAUUUAAUACAAAGACCUAGUUUACACAAUCAAAAUAACAGUAAAAAUUAGUAUUGGAUAAUGUAAUUCCUAGCUUCAGUAUGGAAUCUGUUUAAUGUAUAAAAUUAAUGACUGAAGAAUUUUUGAAAUGCUAUGCUGUGAAAUAACAGAAUUUGGUUUGAUUCAGAAAAAAUGCUCAUCAUCGUGAAUACUUAUGUAGCUGCCCAACAAUUGUCUGAAUUUCAUCACACAAAUUGCCAGCUCCAAACUUGUGAGUCAGUAUUUCACUGUAAUUCCUGUUAUGUUUAAUAACUUAGCAUGUUAUAUUAAGCAGAAACAAGUUAUCAAGUUACCUGGAUUACUUGUUCAAUCUAUGUCUGAGAAGAUAUUUUCAUUAUAUUGGUGUUGAUAUGACUGGUGCUUCCAUUGCUUUGUAACUGGCUGCACAAUAGGAACUCUAAAGUGGCCAGAUCCAAUAAAAACAGUGGCUACAGGCAUAGUUAUGCACAUCCAUUACUGAAAUAUCCCAUGUAAUGUAAAAAGCAUUGUUAAAUAAAACAGGUAUUCUGCACUGAAGUUAGGUAAGAAUGGCACUGCAACUUAAGACUUGGAACUAAUAUCUUCUGUCAUCACUGCUCAUGUAAAAACGAAAGUGCAAUAGAUUAAAUUUUAUUUUGUUAUGUAAGUGGUUGUGAUAAUUUUGACAGGAAGAUGCCAUUUAUAUCUUGUCAAUAUGUGCAAUAUUAGAUUUAGACACAGUUGUGUUUACUACAUGUUUAGUUACUAUAUGUACGUAUAUUAUAAAACUUUUACAGGGUUGUUUUCUUAUUAUUGGAAGAUUACUGUAUUGUUAUGUUUAACUAUCAUUCAGUGCAUUCUGUAAUUCAGAAACUGUGUACCUUCUCGUCCUCAUGGACAGAGCAUUCUGUAAAAAAAAUGACAGAAGACAGAGAGACACAGGAUGUAUUUUAGCAUAUUCUUGUGAUUUUUCAUAUACCUGAAUAUAAGAGAUUAA